UAAUGAAUCGAUUCUGACUCGGUGAAGAAUGAGAAUCAGAAUGAGACAUGACCGGGGAAGGCUGUUUCUGGUCUCUAUAUAUAUGAAUAUAUGAUCAUCUCCUUGUGGCGUGGCGUGGCUUCUUCAUUUACAAUCCCCUAAUCAUGUCUUCUCUCUUAGAUGAUUGCAGAGAGCACUUGGUGCAGGUGGAUGGCUACGCUGCUAAUGGAAACGCCACCAAACCCAAAUUCCACAUAACCAAUCUCACCAAAUUCUCCGACGAUGGGGUUCCCAUACUCAAAGGCAUCCACCUUGACAUCCCAAAGGGUGUCAUCGUUGGGGUCAUAGGCCCAAGUGGCAGCGGAAAGUCAACGCUCUUGAGGGCCCUUAACCGUCUCUGGGAGCCACCCUCCGCCUCCGUCUUCCUCGACGCCCGCGACAUCUGCCAUCUCGACGUUCUCUCCCUCCGCCGCAAGGUUGGGAUGCUCUUUCAGCUCCCUGCCCUCUUUGAAGGCACGGUUGCAGACAAUGUGAGGUAUGGCCCGCAACUAAGAGGACAGAAGCUAACCGAUGAUGAGGUCCGUAAGUUGCUCAUAAUGGCUGACCUCGAUGCUUCUUUCAUGGAUAAAUCUGGUGCUGAGCUCUCUGUGGGUCAAGCUCAGAGAGUUGCACUUGCCAGGACUUUAGCAAAUUCACCAGAGGUUUUGCUGUUGGAUGAGCCAACUAGUGCCUUAGAUCCAAUAUCCACAGAGAAUAUUGAGGAGGCCCUGAUGAAGCUGAAUAAGAAUCAGGGCAUGACACUGAUCAUGGUCUCUCACAGCAUCAAACAAAUCCAGAGGAUAGCUGACAUUGUGUGCCUGCUUGUUGAUGGUGAAAUUGUUGAAGUUCUGGAGCCUCAUAAACUCUCUGAAGCCAAACAUCCCAUGGCACAAAGGUUCCUUGAACUAAGUUCUUAGAGUUAGGCUUGUAAAUUGAUGUCUUAAAGCCAUGAUGAUCUACGGGCUGCAGAGGCGGUUGAUGGUCCAAAUUCCUACUUUAUCAGCAAUGUUGAGUUGACAUUGGAAAAUGUCAAUAAAUUCUAUGUGUAGUUCUCAAGGCAUGUUGAUGACAUUCUAAGUUGAUAUAGGAAUGUGAUAUUGGAGGAUGUCAUCAAACCUGCAAUAAUUCUAGAUGUCAACAUAUGCUCAAAGAAUAGCUACACAAAUCAUUUGCUUGUAGUGUGUUAUAUGUAAUAAUGGGAAUGAUAAAUACAUGUACUUUUGUUGGA